AGCCCAGGCAGCAGGGCACGAGGAGAAGGGGGCCAGGGUCAUCUGAGAGAGGAGAGUCCUCCUGCUAUCAGAGGUAUCUGAAAUGAAUCCCACCAGCCAAUUUGUUGGCACAACAGAAUAUGACUAUGGGUACGAUGAAAACACUGCUCCGUGUAACGAAGGAAACAACUUUCGCAGGUUUAAAUCCCUCUUUCUGCCAAUUCUUUACUGCCUUGUGUUUGUCUUUUGCCUCCUGGGGAACUCCUUGGUCCUCUGGGUUCUCCUGACCAGGAAAAGGCUGACAACAAUGACUGACAUCUGCCUGCUGAACCUUGCAGCCUCUGAUCUCCUCUUCGUUUUGCCCCUCCCUUUCCAAGCCCACUACGCUUCAGACCAGUGGGUUUUUGGCAAUGCCAUGUGUAAGAUAAUGGCUGGCAUUUACUACACAGGUUUUUAUAGCAGUAUUUUCUUUAUAACCCUCAUGAGCGUAGACAGGUACAUAGCAAUUGUCCAUGCUGUCUAUGCCAUGAAGAUAAGGACAGCCACUUGUGGCAUAAUUAUCAGCUUGAUCCUGUGGCUGGUGGCUGGCUUGGCUUCUGUACCCAACAUCAUGUUCAGCCAGGAGCUGGAGGUCGAGCAGGCAUUGCAGUGUGUCCCCAUGUACCCCCCAGGGGACAAUACCUGGAAGGUUGCUUCUCAGUUUGCAGCCAAUAUCCUGGGCCUCUUGAUUCCCUUUAGCAUCCUCGUUUGCUGCUACACUCAGAUACUAAAAAACCUGCAAAAAUGCAAAAACCGAAACAAGGUCAAGGCGAUCAAGAUGAUCUUCAUCAUCGUCAUCGUCUUCUUCCUUUUCUGGACUCCUUUCAACAUCGCGCUGUUCCUGGACUCUCUGCAGAGCCUGCACGUGAUCAAUGACUGCAAGGCGAGCUCCCAGAUAGCUCUGGCCCUGCAGCUGACAGAAACCAUCUCCUUCAUCCACUGCUGCCUGAACCCCAUCAUCUACGCCUUCGCUGGCGUCACCUUCAAGGCCCAUCUCAAAGGACUCCUUCAGUCCUGUGGCCGUGUCCUCUCCAGCCCUGCUGGAGGUGCCGGGGCUGGACACUCAUUUUCGGCACCCACCCAGCUCUCUGGCUGGUCUGACAGCGCAGGGGUCCUGUGA